CGUGUGCGCGUGUGUGUGUGCGCGCGCACAUCGGCCUGAACAGGAGGCUAAAACCGGGCCCGUCCUGCGACGACCAGCGCAGAGCAAGGUGGCCGUUUCUUCACGCUAUCGACGCUGCGAGAUAAUCGUGAAAAAUGGAGGGAGGACAUUUCGGCUACCCCCGGGAUUAUCUUGACCGCUUCAUCCAAAGCCAAGACUCGUCUGUGGUAAGCAAAUUCCAGCAGAAGUACUGGAAAACCAAACAGACGCUCAUCAAGGUAACGGGGAAGAAAGAGGACGAGCAUGUGGUGGCAUCAGACGCGGAUCUCGAUUCCAAGCUGGAGGUCUUCCACUCCAUCCAGAGAACAUGCAUGGAACUGCUGAAGGUCAUUGAGCAGUACCAGAGGCGGAUCUGUUUUCUCUCCCAGGAAGAGAACGAGCUGGGUCGAUUCCUGCGCUCCCAGGGCUCGCAAGAUAAAACCAGGGCUGGGAAGAUCAUGCAGGCCACAGGGAAAGCGCUUUGCUUCUCCUCCCAGCAGAGAUUGGCUCUGAGGAACCCACUGUGCCGUUUGUACCAGGAGGUGGAAACCUUUCGCUAUCGAGCCAUCUCCGACACGUGGCUGACGGUAAAUCGCAUGGAGCAGUCGAGGACCGAAUACCGCGGGGCGCUGCUCUGGAUGAAGGACGUGUCUCAGGAGCUGGAUCCCGACACAUAUAAACAGAUGGAGAAAUUCCGCAAGGUUCAGGCGCAGGUGCGCACAACCAAAACAAGCUUUGACAAACUGAAGAAUGACGUCUGCCAGAAGGUCGACCUGCUGGGAGCCAGCCGCUGCAAUCUCCUCUCUCAUGUUUUAACCACAUACCAGACCACACUUUUGCACUUCUGGGAGAAGACAUCCCACACUAUGGCAGCCAUUCACGAGAGCUUCAAGGGCUGUCACCACUACGAGUUCUCCACGCUUAAGACCUUACAAGACCCCAAGGACAAGCUGGUUAAAAAGAAAGCUAAGAAGAAAAGUAAAGUAGAGACAGAGGCCAGAAAAAAAGCCGACACCACAGAUGACCAACUCAUCUCACUAGUAAAUGAAAACACCAGUGAUAAGACCAGAGAAGGAAAUGAAGAUCUUCUCUCAUCCUAUCCAGGGUUGGAGGGAGAGGAGGACAGCAUGGCCUUACUCAACGAGAUCCUGGGCGGUUUGUCUGUGGACGAGGGGGACUUCUCUCGAGAGUGGACGGAAGUGUUCGGAGACACCGUGGAGGGGACGAGCGCAGUUUCCGGGGGACCAGCGGAGGCCCAGCAAAAGGAAAACUCCUUUUUUCUGCCGUCUCAGCUGCUGGACCAAAGCCUGAACAAUCUGCACUCGCCCCUCACAGAUUGGGCUGGCGUCGCUCCACAGCCCAUCGCCCAGGCAACAGAGCCCUCAUCUGGUGCCAAUCAGAACCCUCCUAAGCCAGCAGUCAAAGAGAAAGCAAAGACAUCCAAAGACCUCUCUGCGUGGUUCAACCUGUUCGCUGACUUGGACCCGCUCUCCAAUCCCGAUGCGGUCGGCAAAACUGACACAGAGCAUGAACUUCACACCGCAUAGUUCUUCCUUCGAGAGCUACAAUAAUCUCAUUUUCAAACUACAUUCGUGGGGGAAAGCAGCAUGUUGCCAACUCUGUGACCAGAGAAAUAUUUGUUCUAGAAUUGGCAAAUUUAUUUAGCUGCAACUAUGGCAACAACAGAGGAAUUCAUUCAGUCAUUUUUAAAGCAUAAACGCCAAUAUUUAUUGGCUGGAUUUGUUGCCUUUUGUCAUCAUAUGAUGAUAAACUGAAAAUGUUUGUGUUUUGACCCGUUGGUCACAUAAAACAAGCUUUCAGCAUUUCAUUUGUCUUGUAGACUAAACAGAGAAAAUAAUCAGCAGAUUAAUAAAUAAUGAAAAGAAAAAUUAUUUUAAAACCAAACUAGAACUUUCCUUUAUUACAAUAAUAUAUAAAUAUCUCUUACUGUAACGAUAACUUUUGUAAGACUUGUUUUUUGUUAGAAAGAUACACUAAUAUGCUAGAAUAUGUUUCGAGCCAUACCGAUAAAAUUGGCCUAUGAACUUUUCACAGACAUACCUCAGCGCUUAUGUUUACCGAUAUGAUAUAUUUUGUUGUACAGAAUAAACAAUGCAGAAAAAAAAUUUCAUUUAUGUUUACAUUUUGCGUAAAAUACCAUAUGUUAAUCUUCUUAAUUCAAGUUCAAUAUAUUUGGUUGUAUUUGUUUGUUCUUUGUAUUUAUAGUUAUUUAUUUUUAAAGUUUAUGGUUAAACUGAAACAUCAAGCCUCAAUUACAUUUCUUUUGAAUAUCGACAGAUAUAAAAAAAAUUAUAUAUAUAUACACCGAUGUAUCGUAUUGGAUAUCUUGUACAGCCUAAUAUAGAUAUCUGCCCCAAAAAAUCCAUAUCGGUCGGACUCUAGUAAUAACAAGUCAAUAGGUUAAUAAAAAUCAUAAUAAUACUUUUUAUUAUACCUCUAAUUUUCUUAUUAGAAGAAACUGAUUUUUCUGUCAUGGUGGCAGCAACACGCUGUUGUAGAUGUCCCCACUUAUCACUAUCAGCUCUUGUGUCCUUUCCAUUGCGGAAAAAAUACGAACAUUUAACAAGACAACCUAAACAAAGCUAUUUACCUUGGUUAAGCACUUAAUGUUUAGCACGGAUACCUCAGUGUGAGUCUGGAACAAUAAGCCUUCGACAUUAGCUGCCUUGGAGAUCUGGAGUUGCUACGAGAGAUUGCAAAACAGACAAAAAGACUUUCACUAUGAGAAACGCUUUUGAAUUUGCUUGCUACAUACUGUAUGUGAUCCCUUUUGAAUAUGUGCCAUAGAAUUUGUCAUUAUGUAAAAUUGCAUACAUUUACCAUUGCAUGUUGCAUGCCUUGUUUUACAUUAUCAGUAUAUAUUUUAUCUUUUGGACAUGUAUUAGUUAAUUCAGUUAUUGGCUUCUCAUGGGCAACAUAUGAAGUUUUCUGUAGAGGCCGACCGCUAUAUAUUGGCCGAUUAUAUCAGCCGAUUUGAACCUUUCAGACAUAUCUUUUUUCUUGUUUCUACUCUGUAGCACUUUGAGAUUGCUUUUAGCAAUGAAAAGUGCUCUAUAAAUGAAAUGUAUUCUUCUUAUUAUUAUUAUAUUGUACAGA